AUGGAAUUAGACGAAACGACAUACUAUUCCAUACUAGGUUUGACGCCGAAGGCCACCGACAAUGAAAUUAGGAAAUCCUACAUGAAAUUAGCACGUCAAUUGCAUCCAGACAAAUCCAAAUCUGAUUCAUGUGCUGAGUUAUUCAAAUUGGUAGUACAUGCACAUUCCAUACUCACGGACGAGGAGACUAAGAGGAAAUAUGACACACAAUUGGUUAUGCGUGGCCUUGGAGCCUAUGAUCCACAUACUCACCGAGCAUCAACUACUAAAGUGAAGACUGAUCAUGUCAAGAAACAAUCACCAACAAAAACAUACCAUAGAAGGAAGAACAAGCCUUAUGAGGAACAACCUUAUGGUUUUGGUAUCAAUGGUGGGUCUAGUGACGAGAACAAUGAUGGUGGUGACGUUCCAAAAUUUAAAUCUUUCAAUUUGAAGUCAUAUCAACGUAAAAAGCAUGGUAAUGGUAUUCCUCCACAAAAACCCGAAACAAAAGAUAAUAAUGGGAAGGAACCCACCGUUGAGAAAGAGUUUGAAUCAUCUAAGGAAUCGGGAAAGUUCAAUGCUAAAAACAAAAGGAAAAAUAAAGUAAUUAUAGAAGAAGUUGAAGAUAAUAGUCUCAAAGAACAAGCGAAACGAAAAGAAGAUGUACGAGAUACAAAUGAAGUAGGAGGAAGUACCUCUCAUAAAGAAACUACUAAUGAGAGUGUAAAAACAGAGCAAAAAAAGAAACUACGAAAGAUUGAACAUGAUUCUGAUAAAGAAUCCUCUACUGCUUUCAUUAACACAGAAAGAAGGCAUUCCGCAAGAUCUAAAAUCGCAAAGCAAAAUGCACGUAGAAGAUCUCUCUCUCCCUUCAAAGAUCUACCAAAGUCUGCAUUCGAUAUGACUGAUAGUUUAAAGAAACUGAUUGAAAAAUUUAAUGAUGAAGUCGAACGAGAGGCAAAUGCCUAUGACAUUGGAGAAUUAUCAUUAGAUGAAAUUGGUGAGGGGGGCUCUGUAUCAAAAAGGAGGAAGCCAAAUGAACGUUCUAAAUCACCGUUUGAUAUGACAAUGGUCGAUAACGUUCUAAAUUCUAUUCAAGAUUCUAAUAAGGAAAGGUCCCAUUACAUAAACGACAAAAAAUCCAGUUCUAAUUUCGAAUCCUUUUUGCUAGAUAUUCGUGACUUGAAAUUACCAAACAUGACUAUUGAUUUGAAUAACGAUACAGUCGAUACUGCUGCACUAAGAUUGCAAGUGGAACAAUUCUAUUCCGAAUGUGAAAACCUCAAAGGGAUACUGUUUGUUAAUUUUUCAAAUUUAGGAACAAUGGAUGAUAGCCGACACCUAAACGACCCAGACAUGAUGAAUAGACUCGUACAGAAUCAGACUUUACAACUUACGAUCAUUAAGAAAUUAAAUGAAUUACAGUAUAAGCAGAGUAAAGUAUUAUACGAAUAUCAGAAUAUCUUAUAUAAAGUGAAGAACAAUCAUACUUGA